UUUGUCCCCACCUUCUCAUAAUGCAGCAUGGAGGAAAGAAUGUAACAAAAUGACGGUGUUCUAGCGACGCACCCUGUGUCUAACACAAAAUAGACGUAGCAAACGAAGUCGAUGCUACAUUAAAAAGUGAUGCACCAUGCCCAUAGUGGAUAAACUGAAAGAGGCCCUGAAACCGGGCCGCAAGGACUCCGCGGACGAGGGCGACCUCAACAAGCUGCUGGCCUCCUCCGCCAAGAAGGUCCUCCUGCAGAAGAUCGAGUUUGAGCCCGCCAGCAAGGGCUUCAGCUACCAACUCGAGGCCCUCAAGAGCAAAUACGUCAUCUUGAACCCGCGCAGUGACACUGCCACGCCACAGAGGGCGUCGGAGAGCGGCCAGAUCAAGCGGCAGGGUGGUGACGUUGGAGUAGGUGGACAAGGCGAUGGCAUUCCUGCCCCCCAGAAGCAUCUGUUCCCAGGCAGCCGUCUCUCUCUGCGCUGGGAGCGGGUGUAUCGUGUAGGGGCGGGGCUUCAUAACCUAGGCAACACAUGCUUCCUGAACUCCACGGUGCAGUGUUUGACGUACACGCCUCCCCUCGCCAACUACCUGCUCUCCAAGGAGCACAGCCGAUCAUGUCACCAGUCAGGCUUCUGUAUGAUCUGUAUCAUGCAGAAUCAUCUCAUCCAGGCCUUCGCCAACACGGGCAACGCCAUCAAACCCGUCUCCUUCAUCAGGGACCUCAAGAAGAUCGCCCGCCAUUUUCGCUUCGGGAGUCAGGAAGAUGCCCACGAAUUCCUGCGCUACACAAUUGAUGCCAUGCAGAAGGCGUGCCUCAACGGCUACCCAAAGUUGGAUAGGCAGACUCAAGCCACCACCCUCGUCCAUCAGAUCUUUGGGGGUUACCUCAGGUCGCGAGUGAAAUGUUCGAUUUGCAAAAGUGUGUCGGACACUUACGACCCAUACCUUGAUAUCGCCGUGGAGAUCCGACAGGCGGCGAACAUCGUGCGAGCUCUGGAGCUAUUCGUGAAGCCAGACGUUCUAAGCGGGGAGAACGCCUACAUGUGUGCCAAGUGCAAGAAGAAGGUUCCGGCAACAAAGCGCUUCACUAUCCACCGGACGUCCAAUGUCCUGACGCUGUCGCUCAAGAGGUUUGCCAACUUCAGCGGUGGGAAAAUCACCAAGGAUGUUGGUUACCCAGAGUUCCUGAACAUCCGGCCGUAUAUGUCCCAAAGCACGGGGGACCCAGUAAUGUAUGGCCUCUAUGCUGUCCUAGUGCAUUCUGGGUACAGCUGCCAUGCUGGCCAUUAUUACUGCUAUGUCAAGGCAAGUAAUGGGCAGUGGUAUCAGAUGAACGACUCAAUGGUUCAUUCCAGCAACAUCAAGGUGGUCCUGAACCAGCAAGCCUAUGUGCUCUUCUAUCUGAGGAUUCCAGAGAGCAAGAAGAAUGCUGACGGCCCCAAGCAAAGCAUAGGGCAAUCUGGGAAGAGCGGCAUGACUUCGGAUCUGAAAAAGAAUCUUAACGGCCCGCUCUCUUCGCCGCAGAUCUCCAAGAAGCUGGAUGCUGCUCAUCUGAGGAAGAUCCAGUCUGUGGACAGCGGCCUCGGCGUGAGCGUGGCCAGGAGCACCUGCAACCUCCACUCGCCCAAACUGACCAACGGCUCGUCCUCCAACAACACGUCUGCGUCGCAAGCCCCGGCCAGGGGCCCCACCGUCAUCGAGGAGCCCUUCAAGAAGCUGAAGAAGCCGCUCCCUCAGCCGCGGCCUGCCGGUCAGACCACCAACGGCGUGUCCAAAGGCGAGAGCGAGAGGCGGGCCGACCGAAGCCUGGCCCAGUCUACCUCACUCAAGUCCCUCUCUGACUCGGACACCUCUGAAUCGAAGGACUCGGUUGGCACGCGCAGCGCCCCUCUUGGGGAAGUGGCGGCUCUGAACGGCACGGCGUCUCCGUCCCCCUCCAAGAGCGCUGACCGUCUGAAGCCCCCUGCCCUCAGCAGCCUGGCCUCGCUCCACAACACCAUGAGUCCGCCGCCCGCCAAGCGCCUCGCCCUCUCCGCCAAGAAGGAAACCAAUCACAGCCGGAGUCUGAGCACUGAGUCCCUGCCCUCGCCAUCAUCUCAUCUCUCCUUUGACUCCGCCCAUCCCGCUAAGUUCACUCAACUUCAUGCACACACGUCUGGCCACAGCAACCAACAGCACAGAUUUUCUCCCUCGUACUCACCUCUGAAGUCCUCACCGUUCUCCCCAAAGACCCCCACACACAGCCCAUCUCCGAAACCCUCUCAGUCUGCCGCACACGCUCAGAGCCCCGCCAAGCUGCUGUUGCCGCCGUCGUUGUCGUCGUCGUCGUCGUCUGCGCCACUCGCCAGCCCGCUCCUCAAGAAGAAGAAGAAGAAGAAGAAGAAGCUCAAGCGCCGCCACUCGGAGACGGGCGAGCCGACCGCGGAGCCGGCCCAAGCGCCGCACGGAGCGACCAACGGCGCCGACGAUGCCGCACGGGCCGCGGAGACGCAGGAGAGCCCGUCGGUGGAGAAGAAGCGCAAGAAGAAGAAGGCCAAGAGGAAGAGGCUGGAGGAGAGGAACGGAACGGCGGCCACGCCACAGCAGCAGCAGCAGCAGCAGCAGCAGCAGCAGCAGCAGCGAGGGCCGAGCUCACAGCCCCGUCCUCAGCCGGCCCAGGAGGAGGACUGGAGGCUAGGAGACAGCUGGAGCCUCGCGCCGGCGGCGCACACACACCCGCACACACACACACACACACACCCGCACACACCCCCGGCCCCCCACACGCCACAGUCACCCGCCGCACAGGCUCAGUACACGCGCAUACAGACACACACACCCGACACACACGCGCACACUUCAGAGCAGUCGGAGAAGCAGAGGAAGAAGAAGAAAAAGAAGAAGAAGAAAUUGCUGGAUGGAACACAGGAGGAGGCAAACUGCCACACGCCAUCCACCUUGGCCUCUGGCCCCCAAAGUGUCCAGACGAAUGCUGUUGGUGUGGAAUCAGAAACCGUGGACUCCGCUGAGGUGAAGAGAAAAGGCAAGAAGAGGAAACGAAAGCUUGAGGAGGAGAACCAGAGGGAGGAAAGGAGCUCGCCAAAGGAGGCGGGGAAAGCCCUGGACUCGGAGGACAGCGCUCUCCCCAGACAAGCCGAGAAGACGACCAACCCUCCUGCCACAGCUGCUCCCGUGGUGGUGUGGGACAGUAAGGUCCAGGACGGCUACAAGCGCAACCACGCGCCCGCCGCGACGGAAGAGGAGCCUGGCGCCGGCCCCAAAGGCAGCUGGGACGGCAAACGCACCGGAGGGGUGGUGGAGGAGCUCCUGAAGAACUCCGGGGACACGGCCUACGGAGCACCAGUCCUUAGUUGGGGUGGAGAAGUCUCUGUGAUCAGUAAAGAUGCCAUUGAAGAUGCCCAGGUUGCCAAGAAUUCCGCAGUGAUCGAUGAGUGGGAUGAGGAGUUUGACAGUGGGAAGGUGAAGAAAAUUAAGAAGUACAAAAAGGAGAAGAGGAAACACGGGAACGUGUUCCAGAAGAUCCAGGACCAUCGGAGCAUGUGGUCAGUCACGCCCGGAGGGAAGAGGAGCAGACUGGGGUUCCGCCACUGAAGAGAGAAGCUGAGCCCAGAAGAAUCUGUCUCUGCCGUGAUGUCAGCCCUGUGGAAGGGAGCGUACAGAGAAAAUCUGGAUUGGACUCCCCGAGACCGUUAUGGUACUGACCGCUGCAGGAGUGACCACUGAGAGGGACGUGUUCUCUCCUCUCCCUUUCUGCUGGGUCUGGGUCCAGAUAUUUAACUUAAAAAAAAGAAAGUGACCAUACCAAGUCUGGCCGAACGAUUUUAAAAGACAAGAGUUUGUUUGAGGUGGAGUGUAUGGCUCUGUAUGUAAUGGUGUGUUUGUUGAGUCUCAAGACGCUUUGAAUAGAGAGUUUUCCUGUUGCCCUUGAGUCUAACACACACACACACACACACACACACACACACACACACACACGCAUACACACACGCACGCGCACACACACACACACACACACAUGCACACACACACACACAUUUGUGAGAUGCCUCCAAAAAUUAAUUUCAUAAUUUCGGAUGAUGUUUUUGUAACAUUGGCACUACAUCUGUUUGUGUAGGUCAGUGGCCAUACUUAACCCUGUAGACUUGCGAUGGAUGAACCCCCUUCAUCCACUGCUGUCUGAAAGCAUGUCUUACAUCAGUUUCCCCCUCUCUGACUGCCUAUCCACCUACUCAUAGUGACCCCAUCCAUAGGAGAGCACUGAGGGAGCGGUCUGCCCCCACGGCUCAACUGGUGCCUGCAGACACGAUUUUUAAUUCUUUUUGUUUUAUUCUUUUUUUUUUUUUUUUUUAUGUAUCGUUUUGUCAUGUCCAAGCUGCUUGGUUGUGAUCUGAAUGAAAUCAUUCAUGCCUUAGUCAAGAAAGUCAAUAACAGUUAAUGUGACCUUAACGGAACUGAACGCAAGUCAGACGACAAUAGAACACUUUUACCUGUCAUUUUUUUUCUGUCACUUGUCACAUUUGGUCUCUCGAGUACCCGGAAUGGCAACGUGUCUUGUUGGCGUCAACGAGUAUAUUAGCUCAGAUUAGCUCGAUUAUGCCAGGGUGGAGUUUAUGCAUUCUUUUGCGAUGCCACAGAUGUUCGGAUUCAGACUCAUUCACGAUGUUAGCAUUGUAUCGCCGGCUGUUUUGAGUGCGUGGGUGUGUGUCGGUGUGUGUGGAGGAGGGGGACCACUCCUAACCCUGACUUCACCGGAGUGAGUAAUACAAGGACUGUGUUGUGUGUGUGUGUAAGGGAUCACUUUGGCAUCUGCCUCAUAUUUUGACUCUAUGCAAUUGUGCCAACAGUCCAACAGAUCACCUUCCAGCGCCAUCUGACCAGUCAGCCAUGUUGUUCCCAUCCACACAACAGAGCUCACCGCCUUUUCUCUCCCACACGGUCACGCACUCGCCGAACUGUCAGUCCGAUGUAAUUCACACACGUGUUCUUCAUCAGAUGUUUAAUAGUAGUAUAUUUGGAGAAAAAAAUAAUAAUUCUAUUUACUUGACCACAGAUGAAAUAUAUCAGUAUAAAAGUGAUGAUAUUUAAAGAAUAAUCCCAGCUUUGCCUAUGUAGAUCACUGUACAGAACAUCAUGUGCUCCCCCCUGCCCCCCCCCCCCCCAUCCCUCUGUAAAUGCCUGUGAGCCCAAACACAGGGCUCCUCUGACCGUAGGAAAUCCCACUGGCAGCACACAAAUGAAAAUCUUUGUAUCUGGGAAGAUUUUUAGACAGGAUGUGUAUGUGCGUGCGUGUGCGUGUGUGUGAGUGUUGUCUGGGACCUCUUCCUUCCCUCCCCCUGUAAAUGUGUUAGAUUGGAUUUCUAGUGUUUGUAGGAUUGUUUGUAAAAAUGCAGCUGGGGUUGGUCAGCUGUGCAGGGAAAAAAAAAAACACACAUACAGCAACACACAAACACACACACGCGUUCCGAUCCCAAUGGUUCAUGUCAUAUCUGCAUUGAUGGUUCUGAAAUUUGCACCGCCUUCCUGACCUAGCUUUAAUGUUGGGUCUUGAUGACUAGAAUAUAUAUGAACAAACAGGUGCAAUAAAGUUGUGACUUUUGUG